AUGCUGCCGCCCGCGCCCUCCCGCCUCGGGCUGCUGCUGCUGCUGCUGCUGUGUCCCGCACAAGUAGGCGGACUGUGGUGGGCCGUGGGCAGCCCCUUGGUCAUGGACCCUACCAGCAUCUGCAGGAAAGCACGGCGGCUGGCAGGGCGGCAGGCGGAGUUAUGCCAGACCGAGCCGGAAGUGGUGGCAGAAUUAGCCCGGGGUGCCCGGCUUGGGGUUCGAGAGUGCCAGUUCCAGUUCCGCUUCCGCCGCUGGAACUGCUCCAGCCACAGCAAGGCCUUUGGGCGCAUCCUGCAGCAGGACAUUCGGGAGACCGCCUUCGUGUUUGCGAUUACGGCGGCGGGCGCCAGCCACGCGGUCACGCAGGCCUGUUCCAUGGGUGAGCUUCUGCAGUGCGGCUGCCAGGCACCCCGCGGGCGGGCCCCGCCCCGGCCCUCUGGCCUGCCCGGCACCCCCGGGCCCCCGGGCCUCACGGGCUCCCCGGACGGCAGCGCGUCCUGGGAGUGGGGAGGCUGCGGCGACGACGUGGAUUUCGGGGACGAGAAGUCGAGGCUCUUUAUGGAUGCGCAGCACAAGCGGGGACGUGGAGACAUCCGCGCGUUGGUGCAACUGCACAACAACGAGGCGGGCCGGCUGGCCGUGCGGAGCCAUACGCGAACCGAGUGCAAGUGCCACGGGCUGUCGGGCUCGUGCGCGCUGCGCACCUGCUGGCAGAAGCUGCCCCCGUUCCGCGAGGUGGGCGCGCGGUUGCUGGAGCGCUUCCACGGCGCCUCGCGCGUCAUGGGCACCAACGACGGCAAGGCCCUGUUGCCCGCUGUCCGCACGCUCAAGCCUCCUGGCCGUGCCGACCUUCUCUACGCCGCCGACUCGCCCGACUUCUGCGCCCCCAACCGGCGCACCGGCUCUCCGGGCACGCGCGGCCGCGCCUGCAACAGCAGCGCUCCGGACCUCAGCGGCUGCGACCUGUUGUGCUGUGGCCGCGGGCACCGCCAGGAGAGCGUGCAGCUCGAGGAGAACUGCUUGUGUCGCUUCCACUGGUGCUGCGUUGUUCAGUGCCAUCGCUGCCGCGUGCGAAAGGAGCUCAGCCUCUGCCUCUGA